UAGCGUCCAUACAACGCAAGCGACGUCAACAAGUGUGUCUGUACAAUGUCGAUCAGCUAUUUGAGUGAUUAUCGCCUGUCACUCAAGAGUCAAACACGUAUAAUCCUGUUUUGGGGGACUUUACGCCGAUAGGAUUGCGUUUCAUAAAACCACGAAACGGCGACUCUGAACGAAAAAACGACUGAUUUUGGAAACCCAAUACAUGACAGACGGGUUCAGAGCAGGCUGCACAUCAUCAGCCGGGCUAAGCACAUCCGUAAUGAGGAGGGUGGGUGGGGGUGCAGUUCUGGAAGAUUCUGUGGGAAUCUUACGAGUGGACCCCGUUUCACCAGAGUAUUGUGGGGACUGUCUCUCCUCCUGGGCAGUCUGGUGAAACCAUAACGCCUACAAUAACCGGGGCUCGGGCGAAGCCCUUAAGAUCUGAUGCAUGGAAUAGACUGAUCUCUACUGCUCCCUGUGAAGAUGUCAAGUAAGCAAAUGGAUGAAGUCAUGCUUUGCUGAACCUGCAAGUUGACCAUCAUUACAAUCAUUAUACAAAAGGGAAUGCCCUAUGCCCCGCCCCCUCCCCCAGCCCCCACAACUCAAAUCCCCAACACUGCUGGGUUUGUGGGCUACAACCCAUACAGCCACCUGGCCUACAACAACUACAGGCUCGGAGGGAGCCAAGGCACCAACAGUCGGGUAACGAAUACCUCGGGAAUAAACAUCCCAAAGCCGCCCAAGCCCCCUGACAAGCCAUUGAUGCCCUACAUGAGAUACAGCCGGAAGGUUUGGGAUCAAGUGAAAGCCUCCAACCCCGAUCUGAAGCUCUGGGAAAUUGGGAAGAUAAUCGGUGGCAUGUGGAGAGACCUCACUGAUGAGGAGAAACAAGAUUAUCUCAACGACUACGAAGCAGAGAAGAUCGAGUACAACGAGAGCAUGAAGGCGUACCACAACUCCCCGGCCUACCUGGCCUACGUCACGGCCAAGAGCCGGGCGGAGGCGGCGCUGGAGGAGGAGAGCCGGCAGAGGCAGUCGCGGCAGGACAAAGGGGAGCCCUACAUGAGCAUCCAGCCAGCCGACGACCCAGACGACUACGACGACGGCUUCACGGUGAAGCACUCGGCCACCGCCCGCUUCCAGCGCAACCACCGGCUGAUCAGCGAGAUCCUGAGCGAGAGCGUGGUGCCGGACGUGCGCUCGGUGGUGACCACAGCCCGCAUGCAGGUGCUGAAGCGGCAGGUCCAGUCGCUCAUGGUGCACCAGAGGAAGCUGGAGGCGGAGCUACUGCAGAUCGAGGACCGGCACCAGGACAAGAAGAGGAAAUUCAUCGAGGCCACUGAGUCCUUCAGCAGCGAGUUGAAAAGGCUGUGCUGUCUGAAGGUCGAGGUCGACAUGGAGAAGAUCUCCGCUGAGAUCUCGGCGGCGGAGGAGGCGUCCCGCCGGCGCCUGGCGGAGCGGGACAAGGAGGCGGGGGCGGAGCCUGGCGCGCGGGAGGCCCCCACCUGCGUGCUGGCGGAGGAGGAGAAGCACGUCUGCGCCACGCACGGCGGGGGCAAGCCGCCGCAGAACGCUGCCGCCGACGACGACGGCGGCGACAAGGAUGGAGAGGAGGCGGGGGCCGGCGCCGCGGACGCCACGGUGAAGCCGGAGGCGGAGUCCCAGCCCGGUGGCGGCGGCGGCGAGGAGGCGGCCUCGGAGGACAAGGACAUCGUCCCCGAGGGAGGAGCCACGGAGGAGGGCACCAGCGACAGCAACACGGGCUCCGAGACCACCUCGGCCCAGACGGAGGACGCCCCGCCCAGCGAGCCGGCUCCCGAGGGCCCGGGCCCCCUCCCGCGGGGCCGGGCGGCCCACUGAGCCGACCGGUCGCCUGGUCUGACCGCUGAUAUCUCCGUGUGGUCACGCUCUGCACAGUAGCAUCUCAACCCCGUCACCACCUCCAUCCCGACGGGCUCCACCUCGCCGAACCCCCCCCCCCCAGAUAGCAUCGUUAGCUUUAGAGCGUGCGGCGGCGGUGCGGUCACACUCAUUAUGAAGCGUUUGCCCGUCCGUAAAAGCUGAUUUAAAUGGUGUAAACCGGUACAUACCGGUACCCAAUUAAAGCCGAGCCAAUCAAAGCCGAGCCAAUCACAGCUGUACACAGGAAUAGUGGGGGCUGAGACAUCCCCCCUCAGAGGCCCUCCUCAGUGGGGGCCCCUCUGAGUCCCUCCCCAGUGGGGCCCCGUUGAGUCCCUGCCCAGUGGGGGCCCCUCUGAGUCCCUCCCCAUUGGGGGCCCCUCUGAGUCCCUCCCCAUUGGGGGCCCCUCUGAGUCCCUCCCUAGUGGGGGCCCCUCUGAGUCCCUCCCUAGUGGGGGCCCCUCUGAGUCCCUCCCCAGUGGGGGCCCCUCUGAGUCCCUGCCCAGUGGGGGCCCCUCUGAGUCCCUCCCUAGUGGGGGCCCCUCUGAGUCCCUGCCCAGUGGGGGCCCCGUUGAGGCCCUCCCUAGUGGGGGCCCCGUUGAGUCCCUGCCCCGUGGGGGGUCUGGUUUCAGCGUGAGGGCCCCUUUAGACGCGGGGGGGGGGGGGGGGGGGGGGGCAAUGUCGUAUGCAGCUCAGCAGGGUGUCUCUGGCGGGGCCCUGCCUUCUCUGUGUAAAUAGCGGGAAAAAAGGAGACAGAAGGCGGGGGGGGGGGGGGGCGGGGGAGUCAUAGAAGGCAAUGAGUCCGCAACCCCGGGGAGGGUAACCGUGGCGACGCGUCUGCAACAACAGCCAACGCCUGUCUCUGGAGUUUGUGUUUUUUAGACAGGUGAUUCAUCGGCUCCGGUUGACACAUUGAGGGAAAAAAAAAAAAAAGAUGUCUGGAGGAAUCCCGUUUUGAGGAAGCUAUACGUUGUUAUUAUUUCCGCCGGCGCAGUGUCUUACUUGAACCUCGAUGAAUGCGGAAAAACGCCGUACGAAGCGUAAACAGUUCGGCCCGCUCGCUCACUACUUCCUUGGCCCACCCACAAUGCAACUCCGGCCGCCGCCCGCCGCCACUGACGGCUGCUUCCAGGCGUAGCAACCAGGCGUCAGGCGGAGCCCUGAUUAAAUAUAAACCCUGGAGUUGGAAGCACUUGAAGGCCCACAAUGCAACGGGCCUCCUCCUCUCCCAGGUCCUCUGGCUGGGGCAGUGAGCUGUAGCGGCAGCCUGUGUGAAUGCACUAUUGUUUCUUGCUGGGGGGCCAAUCAGAACAUGUCCCGAACCCGUCCUGCCACAGCACAUGAAUAUCAACACAUAUCUCCCCCGUCAUACGCUCUACGCGCCACGUCUGGCAGACUCCGGAUCAUUGCAAUUUAGGUGUAUUACAAAAGAGGGAAAACUAAAUAGAGUGUCAUGCUUAACUUUGUCUUUUGUACUGUAAUGCGAUUGCUGCUUUUCGUCGUUGUUUUUUUUUGCAUGAAGUCGCCGUUUAAAAAACAAAACCGAGAGAUCCGUUCCGUGGGGUUAUUGUGACGAGUGCAGUUAAGUGUCUCCCGUGUGGAAGGUGAUUGGUUUACUCUUAGCCUCCGUGGCCGUGAUUCAGUGACAGUAUCGUCUCAGGAGUUUGUGGGCACUAGUAGCUUUGUUCUUUUUUUCUGCGUAAUUUAUUAUCCAGCAGUAUCCUAUCUUGUGUACGGGCUGAAUCGAGAGCAUGAAAGAUUGUGUGUGUCAUCACGCGGGGGCGUAGCCACAUGGGGGGCAACGGGGGGCCACGGCCUCCCUUGGUCAGAGGUUGGCCACCCCGCUGCCCCCCCCCAGUCUGAAAAAAUAAAAUGAAGUAAAGCUGUAAUAUGCAUUAUUAUUUUGUCAAAAUUUUGACGCGUAAAUCUUUUCUAAUGUGUUAAUUCUGAUAUUAAAAACAAAUAUUGCAUUUAAAGUUGCAAUAUUCCCCCCCUGUCAACAAUCAAGUGCCACCCUAAACAAAAGACUGGGCCUGGCCCCCACAGCAAUAAUGUUCUGGCUACACCCCUGGUGUCACGUUCUUCUCAUAAAACACCCUUGAACCAGCCCAGCACCUUGUUCACAAGUUUGCCCGCUGUCAAUCAAGCCCCAAGCAGCACGGUUUGAACAUGCCCGCAGUGUUACACACGAUACACACAUUAUCGAUGUUGCAAUGUUCAGAAGAAAAAACGAAAAAAUGACAACGAUGUUGUUUUGUCGUCCAAGGCUUUGCUCGUAAACAUUGUGUUUAAAAUGACAUUCUUUUUUCAUAUUUAUAUCAAUAAACUUUUUUACCCAGAAGAAA